AACCUUAAAAAAUUAUUGGUUAUGGUAUUUAAAUAAAAUAUAUUUUUCAGUGAUCAAUUAACAUUUUUUAAGAAAUAUUAUUUCCAAUUAAUAUUUUUUUUACGAUUAGAAGACGUUUCAGAUUAAUAUGAAAAUAUUUAGUAGCCUUUUUGUAGCCAGACCCAUUCCCAAGGAGCCAAUACCAUUCAAAGAAAUUUUACCCUUAAAGCUAAGAAAUGCUGUGUCUGGAAAAGGCGGAAAAACUUCUGAUAUAUGUUGUAUUUAUGAAAUGUCCGUAAUGUUUGCAUGUUUUAAAGAAAAUGAAUUUAAUCAGUCAGUCUGUUCAAAGGAAAUUGAAUCUUUCCAAAAAUGUUACAAGAACCAUUUAGAUACAAAGAAAAUCAAGCAGCAAAAAGAAGCAAAAGGUGUACUAAUCCCCGGAGAAAAGGAAUUGUCACAUAAACAACUUAAUACAUUGUUAAAAAAGUUUCCAAAUGUCAAGUAGUUCGCUGUUAAUUAACUGUAGUAUAACAUUUUGAAAUAUCACAGUAUGUUUUACUAUAAUAAUGUUUGUAUAUCCUUGGUCGUCGAUUUGACUACCAGCUUUGGAAUAUAAAAUAUGUAUUCAAUAAAUUUAAUAUAUAAAUAUGUACAUGUAUAACUAUAAAAUAUAGAAGAUGAAAUUCGUGUGUUUUAGAAAUUAUUGUUUGUUACGAUUUUCUUUAUUUGUUAUUAAUAUUAGUUAAAUUAUCUAGAUACUUGUUAAAAAAGACUUCACAUUAAUUAAAUAUGCACCUUUGCUUAUAUACAAGGAUAUAUAGUCUGUCUGCCUGUUCUUAUCACAUGUAUGAUAGUAUUCAUGAAUUGUGUUUCAUAUUUUAUACUUACAGAACCUGAAACCAUGAAAUUAACCCUAUUGUCCAUCCAUGAUAGAAUAUAUUAAACAAAGACAGCAGCAUUAUGCAAGAUGAUGAUCAAUAGGUACUAAGUCAUUUCAAGUUUUCAAAAUGUUAAAAUGACAUCCAUCUUAUUUAUAAUUAGUUUUUGUAUUAUUUAAAAUAUUUUGGUUCUGUGAUGUUAUUAUUAUUAUUUUUUAAAUAAUUAUAACUAUUAACAAUCACAUUUGUGCCCAAUUUUGUGAGAAAAGUACAUAUUUAUAACCUAAUAGUGGGAAUAAUAUCCUAAGUUCGAAUUAAUAUGGUUCUGAUGAAACUAUCCUAAGUUCGAAUUAAUAUGGUUCUGAUGAAACUAUUUUGUUUUCGCAAUUUUUUAAUAACUUCUAAUUAGAAUUAAGAGAAUCUAGAAAUUAUCAUUACAAAUAUCAUCAUCAAUGGUGCUACAGCCCUAUGAAAGAGCCUCGACUUUCCCAAGUAUAUUACGCCAGGCAGUCCUGGCAAUCCAUUGCCAAUCGUUGCCAGUUUGCUGCGCCUAUCUUUCUACCAUUCUCAUCUACAACAUCCUUCCAUCUGAGUUUUGGCCUACCCCUUUUUCUACUUCCCAUGGGUUGUGACAUAAGGAUUCUUCCAGGAGGGUUGUUCUGCUGUGAUCUUGCUUGAUGUCCUGCCCAUCUUAGUCUUCCUAUUCUUAUAAGAGAUACGUCUUUACCACCAAAUGUUUGUUUAUAUCUGUGGUAUACCUCGUAGUUGUAUCUCCUCCUCCAAACACCAUUUUCACAGAUGCCACCAAAUAUUCCUCUUAGGAUCCUUCGUUCAAAUAUAAGCAUAAGGUCUUCGUCUGCCUUGGAGAUAGUCCAUGUCUCCGUUCCAUAUGUCAACACUGGCUGUAUAAGGAUUUUGUAUAUAGUUAUUUUUGUUUUUUGGCUUAAGUUUCUACUUCUCAUAUGUCUACUCAGUCCAAAAUAGCAUCUGUUUGCCAUUAUUAUCCUUUGUUUGAUUUCUUCCGUUAUGGCAUUCUCUUUGGUUAUCAGGGAGCCUAAGUAUGUGAAAUUGUCCACCACUUCAAAGGUAGAGUUGUCAUCCGUGAAUUGGGGACCGAUGUUCCUUUCUCUAUUGUUGGGUGUUGAUGCCAUCAUCUUAGUUUUCUCCUCAUUUACUUGCAGGCCCAUAGAUUUUGAGGCAUUUGAGAAGGUGGCAUUUCUUCUAGCUUGCGUGUUGUGCGGGCAACUAGGUCCACAUCAUUUGCAUAUGCCAAAAUUUGGGAUGAUUUAGAUUUAGGGAUCAUUACAAAUAUAGUAGUAUAAGUAUACAGUCGGCAUCUAAACAUUCCAUAUAUCGAGCCCUUUCAGGAAAAACAUUGUAACCAGCAAAAGUGCAAUUUUACAGGUUUUUUUUAAUUAAUAUCCGUCCCAAUCAGUAUUGAAAGUUAAAUAUUUUAUAUUAUAUUAUUUGGUAGUGUGCUUUACAAAUGACAAAAGUAAAUAUGUUGUAUGUUUUAGUUUUGUAAUAGUACUGCUAUUUGCGAUGUUUGGUUUUUCAAAUUUUUGUGCUUAAGUAUCACUUACGCUUUUUGUUGAGAUGGUUACAAUGUUUCGUGUGUUCAAAUUUAAAGCAUUCACGUUGCUUAAGAUUUAUUUUAAUUGUGUUUUAUUUGGUGAGAAUCAUUGAAAAAAAUUACAAUUAUGAAAAUUAUACAUUUAUUAAACAAAAGUUAUAAUCAAAAACUAGGUAUAUAGCUGACAAAUUUUGAGUUGAUUAUUGUAGAGCUGUUGGGAGCGGUAUUGUUACUAUUACGAUUACGGCGUGAUCUUAAGGUUUCCUGCAAAUUUAUACUUUUAAGUUCACUAUUGUCAAAAAAUCCAUACUUUCAAAUAAAGCUUUGUGGGCUAUCUUUGCAUGGCAAUAUCUAUCAUGGCAAUGCGAAGUUUGCUAAUGUUGAUUUUGAAUUUAUUUCACCCCACAAGUGACAAUAAACAUUUGCAGAGCCGUUCUCAUAAAAUAUUUCAUUAUAGAAUGCGUACUUUCUACAAUAAAAUAAAUUUACACUUUCUCCAUGAGGAAUAUUAAGUACUUUCUCCAGAUCAAAGCUUAUACACAGUGCAGAUCCUUCUUUUGAAAGAUUUUGGUCUUACAAAAAAACUUCAAGGCACUUUUCUUUAUCUUUAAUGUGUUGCCUGUAGGAUUCUGUCUUCUUUUCUUCCUCUUGUUCAAGGCUAGGUAGAUAUUUAAUCUUCUCACAAAGAUUACAUUUGUCUCUCUUUGGCAAAUGAAAACCAAGAUGAAAAUCUGGCCGAAAUACUUUUCCAAAUUUACUGAGUGAUACAAUUUCAGUUACUUUUUCACGGUCAACGAGAUAUUUUUUAUAUAAGCGAUACAAGUUUGUAACAUUCUCAAACUCGAAUGGAAGAUAUAAUUGAUUGCUUUUGUUCCUACAAUAAUACGAAGGAACAGCCUGUAUUUGCUUAAUGUAUUCCUUAACCAAAGAGACUUGAUUCGAAUGAAAUUUAUUUUUAGGUCUUCUUUUUUCCUUUGGUAUUGUUUAGCCAUGUUAUUGAUUAGGGCAUUUUCUUUCGUAUAUCGUAGCGUCAUUUGGGAAAUAUUAAGCGUUUUAAUUAAAAAUUGUUUUCAAACUUUUACUUUUUUAUUGUUAUAUGGAAUAUAAUAUUCCAUGGUUUUUGAUCUUCGCAUAGACUCAGCCUUUUUUCGUUUAAUUGGGGUUUCCACCAUACAGGAUAAGAUCCAAUCUCUUUGCCUUUGUGAGCUUGCUAUAUCCCAAUAGUUUUCAAAAAUCAAAACUCGAUCUUCUUCAUCUGCACUUAACUUUUUAACACAUUUAUUGUCACAUUUUUUAUUAAGACUAGUAAGAUUAAGGGUUAGGUUGUAUUGCUUUAUUUUUUCCUGUCCAUUUUUCCAUUCUCCUCGAAACCUUUUUCGGAAGUGACUUUUGCUUUUGGAUUCCUCUUUUCCCUAUCACUAAAAUAUCUUCAUUGAGUGGCAUACUUUCAAGGCUCUUGGUAUCAGAGCUAUCUUCUUGUUGAAUUUUUGGAUUCCAUGACAUUUCUGAAUCUUCCAGAUGACUACUUAGUGGACCGACAUCAAUAUUUAAACAAGGUUUUGUAUUGAAUGCAGUUAUAGCAUCCGGCAAUGAUGCUGAAGAUGAAGAUGAUGAAUAAUCUAUGAGUUUGCUGAUAUUUUGUCAUGUAAUUUUUGGAAAGCUAUCUGCAUUACUAUUAAUCUAUUGCUAAACCCGUUCAUAUGUACUGUUACUUAAAAAAUUUCUUUGUGAAACGGUUUUAUUUAAUACAACUGGUGGAUCUUCCUCCAUUUUAUACUCGUCGUUUUUUGAAGACAAUACCAUAUUCAGCAUUCUUGCACUUCGGUUUGCCUUUUCACCCUGAAAUAACUAUGAAUUAUUUUCUCGUAGACAAUUUGUUAUCAGUUAAUUUAAGUUAAGAAGGAACACGAACGACUAUUUUAGAUUACGUUAUGAAUUUUAAAAUCUUAAAAGAUUAAGUACAUACCUUUCGUCGUGACAUAUUUCGUUGUAGGUAAUCCGAUUUAUGUAUUGAUUAAAAUAAAAAACAAAAAAUAAUUAAUUCACAAAAAAACUUGUUAACUUUCAAAAACUACUAAAACUUGUUUAUCUACACUGUGCAUAGGAUACACUGUACGGGUGUGUUUGAUGGGGUUACCAUUCACCAACCGAUAACGGUAAAUUGCACCUAUGCACACGUCCCUCUUAAACCACCGAAUUGUCUUGAUCGACAACCUUGAGUCCGAUAACUAAAUGUUGUGUAGUCUUGGUGACCGAUAAGAAUAGUUUUAAAGAAAAGUUGUCACAUCGCGACUCGACUGGGUUUUGCACAAAACAUCGUAACCAUGGAAAAGUAUCCCAACGAUUUUUUAUACGCAUGGUUACGAUGUUUUGGCUUUCACUGAUAUUGACUUGUGUUGGUAACGAUAAAAUACUUUAUUACUUUUAAAUUAAAAACCGUGUUCGUUUGGCUUACGAUGUUUUGGUCAACGAAAAAGCUUGUUGUUAGGAUCAUUUUCCACCAAAAAACAAAAAUUCGAAAAAUUGUUGGUUACGAUGUUUUUCCUGGAAGGGCUCGAAAUGUAUUUAACACGUAGGACUUUUCUAUUGGUCCUUUGCGGCACGCGGCAAUAUUUCAAUCAAUAGGCGGCGAUGUGCCAAACACGUUUAUGGAAUGUUACGUUGGUAUAAAAUUCAUAUGCGGAAUGUUAAAAAUAUUCGUAGAAGAAAAAAGAUGACUUUUUUUUAAAACCAACUAAAAGGAGACUGAUUCUAAAAUAUCACAGCUGUUGCCACAAAAUGGUGAUAUUCAUAUGUGCAACAUCAAUGAUUGUGACAUCACACACAAAAUAACGUAAAAUUAAAACUAAGCGAGCACUACCGAAAACAGACGACAAAACGUCAUCGAUAGGUUUGCGGUAACUUCCAAAAUAAUCCGCAGUAUAACUGUUUUUAUAAUAAUAUAAUUCAUUUUGUUGUGAUAUCGGAGUGUAUCAUGCCACAACUAAAACAGUGGCCAGAUUACAGGAUAGUGCACGCACAUGAUGCCACAACAAAUAUAAAACAAGAACACAUACAUACAUCAUCAUCCAGCCUCUAUUUAUCACGUCCACUGCUGGACAUAGGCCUCCCUUAAACUCCUCCAUUCCUCACGAUUUUGUGCUCUUUGUUGCCAAUUUUUAGUGAUACGCCUGAUGUCGUCGGCCCAACGUGUAGGUGGUCUUCCUCUACUGCGUUUGUCUGCUCUUGGCCUCCAAUUUGUAAUUUUGCUCGUCCAUCGUGAAUCGUGCAUUCUCGCUACAUGGCCUGCCCAGUUCCAUUUUAGUUCCGCUAUGCGUUCCACAACAUCAGUAAUACUCGUCCUUCUUCGCAGAUCUUCGUUUCUUAUUCGGUCCCUCAACGUCACUCCCAGCAUAGACCGUUCCAUUCGUCUCUGUGCCACUCUCAGUUUCGAAGCCGUGGUCUUGGUUAAAGUCAUAGUUUCCGCCCCAUAGGUCAUGACCGGUAAUACGCAUUGGUCAAACACUUUUCUUUUGAGGCUGAUUGGUAUGUUGGCCCUAAGUGUGUCUCGCAGUUUUUAUACAUACACACAUAAGAAAAUAAAAUAUUGACAAUACGUACGUCAAUUUUCUUACAGGUAUUAACAGGUUUUCGGUUGCUUCAAAAUGUGCCGCUUCUUGUUCCAUAAAUGUAGUAACAUUAUAAAUUAUUGCCUCUGCUUAGCUAUUUAAUCCCAGCCCUUUUGUUCCUAUCUUUUAAAAAACCAUAUUGCUAAGUACCUCUAAUUAAUAUCUAAUCUUAACACACUAUAAAACGAGUACGUAGUGAGCAUUCACAGUAAACAGACGAUCCUUAAAAUCACAUUAUGCGGCAGAUAAGUUUGUGCGGUGAUUAAAAAUCAAUAUUUAUAUUUAUAAUUUAAAUUUUCUGUAAAUAUAUCUGUUAAAUAUU